CCCGGAAAUGUCAAUAACAAAAUCGGAGUAAUAAAAACAUACAUGACCAGCGAUUUCAUCUUAGAAAUGAGUUUAAAAUGGUUUACUUUAUGUUAAUAUAUUUUAUUAUAAGAGUACAUACAGAAUAGUACUUGUAUAUUUAAUAAUCUAGCUAUGUUUUAAGUGUUCUUAAUAUAGUUUUUGUUUAUAAGGCGCAGGAUGUUUAAAAACAUGUUUAAAUCAGGCUGUUUAGUGCGAACUGCUCAUAUCAUGCUGACCUGGCUCACGACUUUAGUCCUGUUUCUGCAUAACACAGAUCUUCGCAGGUGUCAGGAGAGAGGAGAUCUGGUCCAGCCUGUGGUGUUCAUCUCUGUGGUUCUGCUCUCUGUCCUGCUGUACUUCACUGUGUCUCUGAUGGAUCCUGGGUUUGUUCUGUCUGACAGCGACUCAAAGGGAACGUCAGCGGACAGUAAUGAAGAACUGGAACAGAUGAUUCCUCAAGAUCACAGUUCGUUAAAACAGCGACGCUGCGGCUACUGCUUUUUACUGCAACCGAUGAGGGCCAAGCACUGUAAAAUGUGUAAGCGCUGUGUGAGGCGUUUUGACCAUCAUUGUCCCUGGAUAGACAACUGUGUUGGUGAGAGGAAUCACAAAUGGUUCCUGCUGUACCUGUGUGUGCAGUUUGUUGCCGUAUCUUGGGGUUUACAGGCUUCAUGGUCCGGCGUCGUCUUUGCACCCACCUGGCAGCAGUGGUUCGCUCAGAACGGACUCGUGCUCGGGGCGUUUGCCGUGACGGCUGUGUUUUCGGUGGUCGUGCUGCUCCUGCUGUGCAUUCACCUGUACCUGGCCUCGGUGAACAGCACCACCUGGGAGUUCAUGUCACGCCAGCGCAUCGUGUACCUCAAACACUGCGACUCGGAGGAGAACCCGUUCGACAGAGGACUCAUCUGCAACCUGUGGCACUUCUGCUGCGUGUGCGGGACGGUAGCAUGGGAGAGGAUCUACGUCAGACACACCAGCGGGACUGUAUGACUGCAUUUCAACGAGGAACACUGAGUGUUUUAUUGAGCUCUUCGGAGCGUCUCUUUAGACCCAACAUUGAAGGUAUUUUUUACUAGAGCUGGGUAACGAUUUAUCGCAAGUUUUUUUGUGUACACUGCAAAAAAUCUAAAGUUGAGAAAACUUUAACUUAAACGGUUAAGGCAACUGGCUUCAGGAGAUUUUUUUCAGGUUUAUACAACAAAAAGUUGGGAAAAGGCAAAAAUCUCCUGAAGCUGGUUGCCUUAAACUUUUUAAGUUUUCUCAACUUUACAGUGUAUAUAAUAUAUAUGUGUGUGUACUGUGUAUAUUUAUUAUGUAUAUAUGUGACCCUGGACGACAAAACCAGUAUUAAGUGUCAAUUUUUCGAAAUUGAGAUUUAUGCAUCAUUAUGCUGAAUAAAUAAGCUUUCCAUUGAUGUAUGGUUUUAUUAGGAUCGGACAAUAUUUGGCCGAGAUACAACUAUUUGAAAAUCUGAGGGUGCAAAAACCUAAAUAUUGAGAAAAUCGUCUUUAAAGUUGUUCAAAUGAAUUCUUAGCAAUGCAUAUUACUAAUCAAAAAUUAAGUUUUGAUACAUUUAUAUUAAGAAAUUUACAAAAUAUCUUCAUGGAACAUGAUCUUUACUUAAUAUCCUAAUGAUUUUUGGCAUAAAAGAAAAAUCAAUAAUUUUGACCCAUACAAUGUAUUGUUGGCUAUUGCUACAAAUAUACCCCAGCGACUUAAGACUGGUUUUGUGGUCCACGGUCACAUAUUUAUGUUUAUAUAUUAAAUAUAAUAUAAAUUAUAUGCAUAUAAAUAUUUUCUAAAUAUAUGCGUGUUUUUAUAUAUACAUUAUAAAUAUACACAGUGCACACACAUAUACUUGGAACACUAAAACUUUUAUUUUGGAUGCGAUUAAUCGUUGCCCAGCACUAAUUUUUACUUAUACUGAUGUGAUGUGGUUAUUUUCGUCAUUUUUUCUAGUUAACCUGCAGGGAAUUUGCACAGUAUCUACUUGAUAAAUUAAUUAGGCCAUUAAUCAUCCUGAGUGUUUGGUAUUAAGAGAAGGAUGUUUUUGGUCUGUUUUCUACUUAUUUGUUGUAUAAUGUAUAUCUGUUCACAUAAUCAGGGAUAGUUUGUAUAAUUCACAAGAGUUUCAGUUAAACCUUGCUUUUUUUAUUGGUUUAAGUUCAUUUUAUAUGUGACUAAAUAAACUUUUGCACACAA